CCGGUGGCCCCUCCAUAGGCUGCGAUACCUACCAGCAGUCAGUAGCAUUCAAAGCGCCGCGAGGUUCGCACGCGGUGACACAAGCCCGCGCACUUAUAACGCAGUGAAAGUCGCACGCGCAGUUUACGCUACGAAUUCGUACGCCGACAUCUUCGUCUAGUUAUUUUAUUUGUCCGUUGCGCCAGUGCAGCGGGGAAAGGAGGUCGGUGCGUGGCCGCAACCCAGACUCAACGAUAAAACUAAAUAUUACUUUGCUUAUCGCAAUGUUCGAAGCUGUGAUAAAGUAUUUUUUAUCAAUGGAGCUAAUAAAAUAGGCCCUUAAAAAGUAUUGUGCAAGUGACUGAGUGCAACUACAGUGGCAGUGAGUGACGAUGAGUGCUAGCGAGCCAACCUUAACCGAAUCGCCGGUGCCGCUCGCUCUGGCGCGGCUGCAGGGCCGGCCAGGGCGGAUGCCGCGCGGAAUGCGCACGCACCGUCCCAGCUUGCCACUGGCGAGUUUACAGGAAGCUAUAGAUGAGACUCCGCGACGCUUCAGCGAGGAACCUUACGCGCCGGACACAGACGAUGAGGAAGCGUUCACCGACCCCGUGGUGGUCAUCAAACGUUCUCCAUCGUCUUCUAAUGGGCGUAGAGCUUCUGAUGCUACAUUUGCUGAACGAUAUAGAAAGCUGACCGAAUUUGAUGGUCCACCGCUCGAUACACCUCGCCGAGCCUCUCUGGCCGUUCCCGUCGGAGCGGACGGUUACGGACCUAGUGAUAAAGGCCGCCGGCGCUCGUGGGCAGCGCGACUGCAGUUAGAACGUAAAAAGAGACGAAAAUCCGGUGGCAACGACACCGACGAAGAGAGUGAUACUCCAACUUACAUCCGUCAAAAGAGACCUUCUUGGUGGAAUGUCUUCGUUCCGGAUAACAUGCUGAAACACAGGUCUAGGCGCGCUUCGCAGCAGCUGUCCAGGAGCGCCGAGAGCAUCGACCAGGCAUACAAAAGGUCGAAAAGUCGCUCAGUUGACCAUGGCUUCGCCGCCCCUUUUGACCUGGAGUCUCUUCGCUCCAAAGUGGAGGGGAGAUUUGACGCUGUUAACAGAGAUGAUGACGAGCAAAUCAAGAGGCUUCCUCCACCACCACCGAUUAAAACUACGACGUAUACGGUCCGUGAUCGCGACACACUAACGUCGCUGGCCGCCCGCUUCGACACGACGCCCUCGGAGCUCACGAAGCUCAACCGACUCGCCACGCAGUUCAUCUUCCCCGGGCAGACGCUGCUCGUGCCCGACAAGAGGAAAGAUGGCGAUAAGGACUCUGAUGGCCCGUCCGAGAGCGGCGAUAACACGUCCGAAUCGACACAAGGUGCUCCAAGUGAGCCGGCACAAGAAAAAGAGAUCCUGGACAGCCUUCGGCCCGUGUCGCCCGAGGCGCCGACCAGCAGCAGCGCUCCUCAGCGCUUCUUGAAGAUCAAUGUGCGACACAUUACUGAUGGACAGGGGGUGGUGUCCGGAGUGCUCCUCGUAACUCCCAACGCCGUGAUGUUCGACCCGAACGUGUCGGACACGCUGGUGAUGGAGCACGGGCCGGAGUCGUACGGCGUGAUCGCGCCCAUGGAGUACGUGGUCAACGCCGCCAUCUUCUACGACAUCGCGCACAUGCGCACGCACGGACCGGACCACAACGCACACAAAGCGGAGCAAGCUGAAAUCUACUAUAUGAAUAAGUCGGAACAUUCGCCCGGCAAGGAUUCACUUCUAGUCAAAGACGAGACGUUCCCCGAGCUGCAGGCGGCGGGCGGCGCGGGCGCGGGGGACGCGGGCGCGGACGGCGAGCGCCCCGCCUCGCUCGACGCGGAGGAGCGCGGCGGCGCCGCCUUCCCCAAGGCCUUCGACCGCGACCUCGUCACCCCCACCCCGCUGCAGCAGCUGACCACUGAGGAGAGGCGAAAGUCGUUGCUGGACCACCACUGGGCGAUUCCGAGCAAGGAUAGAAUGUCUAUCGACCAAGGAAGUGAGGUAUCAUCGAGUGCAGAUCACGGCAAGGAGGAGAGCCUUGAGGCUUCCAUCGCUGAAGGGUCCGAGGCGGAGCGCUCGGGAAGCGUGGCGGAGGGAGCGGAGGGUGAGGUGGAGGAGCCCCGGGGAGACGCCGCACAUCUCGUGAAGCUCUCCUAUCACGACUCCGGAAUCGACAUACGUGACCCGCUGCUGCACGUCAACACGGCUAAUUCGAAGAAGGAUUUAGAUCACCUGGACUUUUACCACCACAUAGAGACAAUUUAUGAGAUGCCAGAAAGGGAUUUGUCCAUGUACGAUUGGCAUCGAGACUCAACGUAUGAAGCGAAGUUCUUAAACUGCUUUGUCGUUGAGCACCAUGAUAUUGAUAUGGUUUCCUGCCAUUCCUCUGAAGAGGUAUACAGUGACGCAGACAUAGUGCUGUCGGCUGAUUGGGUUCCUCCCGUAUGCCUGCCUCGUACCGAGCCUCCUCUGUCCGCUCCACCGCUGGGAGAGAACGAGAGAGCACCUCGCAAACCUGCAGCUGUCUCUUUCUCACUCGAUGGCACUCAGAAGGAAGAUCCGGGAAAACCGGAUAAGAAGAAUAAGAUGCUUAAACGUCUGUCAUACCCACUGUCGUGGGUAGAAGGGCUCACAGGGGAGGCUCCGCAGGGCUCUCAGAGCGACUCGCUACCUUCCUCGGCGGACACACAGAACUCAACCUCUGUCUUUUCUAAAGUCUUCAACAGCUCACCAAUGAACCUAGUGGAGUUCGGUACUGGUUUGUUCCUGAGUAAAACCCCUUCGGAGGAGGCGCCCGGUGACGUCCUGUCUGGACGUAGCUCGCUGGGCGGUUUCGGUCGCUCCCAGACCAAGCCGAGUAGCGCCACCCAACCCCGGCUCGACUAUCGCAGCAUGGUCUCAGUGGACGACAUGCCCGAUCUAUUCGCCUCGUUCGAUAAGCUGAUCCCGCGGCCGGCGCGGCCGAGCGACGACCCGCCGCUGUACCUGCGCCUGCGCAUGGGCAAGCCGGCCGGCCGCCCGCUGCCGCGCUCCACGCCGCUCAUGUCGUACGGCCGCAAGCGCAUGAAGCCCGAGUACUGGUUCGGCAUACCCAGGAACAGGGUGGACGACCUGUUCAAGUUCCUGACGCAUUGGGUGCCCGAGCGGUACGGGCCGCUGCGCGACGUGGCGGCGCACGGCUACGAGCUGAUCGACAGCGACACCGAGUGGGACGACGACGACGCCAAGCCCGGACAGAAGGAACGCUCCGGAAGCACUGGGGACGUCUCAGACAUUACAAGAGAAUCGUGGGAGCUGCUGAAGGCGCCGUAUGUGAAAAUAUAUUCUAUAAUGAAGAGUCAGGCCGAAGCUCUGGGCGACUCUCUCGGCGAGGAGCCCCAGCCUGAGGUGUUGUCGAUGAGCGAUGAAUUGCGACGCGCUCUAUACUCGUCGGGCGCGUCGGUCGACAUGGAGUUCUCGCCACCCGACCUCAUCGGAACCUCGGAGAUAUUCACUAUGGAGCAUAGAGAGAAGUUAUGCGGCGUGUUGCCGGCCCGCGCGCAGGGCUACAUGUGGUCUCUCGCGUUCAGCACGAGCCAGCACGGCUUCUCGCUCGCCUCCAUGUACCGCAAGAUGCAGCGCGUCGACAGCCCAGUGCUGCUCGUCAUACAAGACACCGAUAACAACGUAUUCGGAGCGCUGACAUCCUGCGCCUUCAGGCCUUCCGAACAUUUCUACGGCACGGGCGAGUCGCUGCUGUUCUCGUUCCAGCGCGUCGAGGAGCGCCGUCGCUCGCAACCAUCGCCUGACGACGGCCAGAAGGAAGACAAGGAUGAGAUCAAGGACGACAAAGACGAUGAAACAGAAUUGGUCAAGACUAAAUUCAAGUAUUGGGGCUGGACUGGAGAUAACAUGUACUUCAUUCGCGGAAGUAACGAUAACAUUUCUAUCGGCGCUGGAGACGGCAAGUUCGGGCUGUGGCUGGACGGCGACCUGUACCUGGGCCGCACGCAGCGCUGCACGACGUACGGCAACGAGCCGCUCACCACGCGCGAGGACUUCAUCGUCAAGAUCAUGGAGUGCUGGACCUUCAUCUGAGCGCCCGCAGCCGCCCCCUCCUUCGCAUCGAUAAGCUUUAGACUAUCUUAUGAAAUUUGCUACGAAGAUUUGACACUUUUACAAGUCAGUCUGUUCAACUUUGAUACGGUCGAGUCUGAUUAUUUUGUACUCGCGUCGACUCGAGCGGCCGUCGCGCAUUUCUAGUCAAACGUACUGAAACCCGACCAAUGUUUUCAUUCUCUGCGAAUUUAGAGGCGCGUUCGGAUCGACCUCCGGCGAGGGCGAGUGCAUAAAACCUAGUCAAUUGUCGUUCGAGUGUUCGCGAGGUCCGCGAGGUCCGCGAGGUCCGCGAAGGCUGUCCGAUAACGAUUACGUGUCAAUUCAAUUAUUACUGUGCAUUGUUGUUAAGGAAAUUUAAAAUCAAUGUUACGUAGAGAUUUAUAUUUAACGAAAGAAUUAUUGUCUUUAGCGACCCUCUAUUGGUGUUGCGCAAGCGUUUGUCGAUGUUGUUGUAACAUAGACCGUGGAUGAAAUUAAACGUGCUGAUAAAGCUUGCCAAGAGCGUAGAUGGCAAUUGACGUACUAAUUAUAUAACCUGUUUGGUGACACCAUCAGUAUAAAUAAUAUCAUUUACAGCUUUCAUUUAGUUUCAAAUAUUCGUUGUCAUGUAUUUUAGUCUUAAUUUUAAGUUAGUGAGCAUAAUUUAUAUUACUUUCACUGUGAUUUCAUUAAUAUGGUAGCAUUUUAUUGUCAUAUUGAAGUGUAAUUAUUAAUGACUAAUAUUGUAACUUUUAGUUGUAACUUGUAACCCAUUCGAUUACAAAUUUUAUUAAUGAUUAAAAUCACAAUAUUCCUUAGUAAGAAUGUACGUUAGGAGAGUACGUUCGAUAUAUUGCAGAUAUAUUUGUUAAAUAAACAAAACAUAAAUAUUUUACGAUGUAAUGCUUCAGUACCGAAAUGAGUAGCCGAUUCAAUAUAAAAUUAAUUAGUAAAAAUUAUAACAUAGCUUUCUUAGAGCUUGAUGAAUGUAAUCGUCAUUGUGCUUAGUAAUUGUGUCACUUAGCAUGAUGUUACUCAGAUUUUAUCUGGUCGUGUAAUGUUAUUUAUUAAUUAUAUUUUAGUAUAUUACGUGAUAAACAACGCCGGUCGCUGUUGAGAGCCGCUCGCGAACGUUGAGCGCAGGCCGGGCCGACCCCGACACAUGUGCAAUACCGCCGGCCGGCCCGGCUCAACGUGGGCGGGCGGGGCGCCAGCCCGACGCUCGAUGAGAAGGCAUCCAAUGGCCAGUCCAUGUGCAUGAUAUUUGAUAAUAUAGAUCGAUAUAUUGCAGAGAUAAAUAACUUAUUGUCAUAAUUACUCGAUAAUAAAACAUACGUCUCAGUUACGACUACUUCUAGCUUGUAUCGUUUAGUUGCUAGGCAGAGCGUGUAUAGGUUGUUAUCGCAUUCAAAUUAUAGACGGUGUUUAAAUAAUCCUCGAUUUUCUUAUAAUAUAUGUACACGGUAUAAUUGCUAUAUGAGAUUACUAUCAGAUAUAUUUUUGUGAAUAAAUUCGCAAUGUAUUCAUGUAAUUGUCGACAGUAGAAACGAAGUAAAAGGUACCGUUAGCACGAACGUGUCGCGAGUGCAACUAUCUGUCCACGCAACGUAUAUUGUUAUCGUUUGUCAUCGGGAAGUUGUAGAAGAAAUUAGUUUUCAGAUAAUAUUUAUUGGCGUAAUUUAAUAUUACGAAUAUAUUCACUAAUGACUUGUUGAGUAGCAGUGAGAUAUUUAAUAUUUAUUAAUUCUGUUGUAAUUUCAGUUAUUCGAUUGAUGCUGUAGCUGUAUUGAUUUCUGGUGAUAUAUUAUGUAAUUUUUAAGUUGUUAAAAUGUAAAUCAAGCCAUAAUAACAUGAGAAUAUAUUCUUUUGAUGAAAA